AUGACGCCGACCCGACCGUCGCGGAUAUCGUUGCUGGCCGCACCCGCGCCUGUGCCGCUAGACGCGCAGGGGCACGUGUGCCACGCCAGAGCCGCGGCAACAGCGCCUGCAACCGUCGUGAGCAACGCUGAGGAGGUGACCGAAGCGCGAGGCUCGUGCGCCCCACUCCAUGCCAGCCGAGAAGACACACGUGACCGUGACUCGCCAGUGGCAGCACCCCAGCGGCAGCAGCCGGCAUUGAACGCCGAGGACGAGUGGAGAUGGCGUGCCUCCCGCCCUGCCUCGUCGGCGUCGUCAUCCUCGUCACCGUCUGCGCAAGACGAAGCGCAUUCAGACCGCGUCGUCUACGAAGAUGGACAAGACGGUGGUGAGGAGGCAGCCGACCGAAGUUCCGAGUGGCGCCACAGUGGCGCAGAUGGAGCGUCAGAUGACGCAGAGGCUUCGUCGUCUACGGCGCUCCACCCGCCGUCACCACCGCAGCUGCACCAGCAAGAGGCGUCACCUCUACUGCCGUCGCUGACGCCGGUGGCGACGGCGUGCACGCAGCAGGCAAAGCCGCCGUCCACUACCGCGCCACCAGGCCUGGAGAGCGAUACGCCGCCACCGCAGGUGGUCAGUCAAGGAAAAGGCACGGAUCCAGCCAAGCGGCUGUGCACCGCCGUCGCUCCUGCCUCUGGAAGAGCGACCCUGACCGCAUCUCCGCCUUCGCCGUCGCCGGGGAUGUGGGUGUCCUGCGCGCACAGCGACCUGCCGGCGCGGUACCGCGACAUUCCGGGGUACUACUGCACGUACUGUUCCUACACGGUUUGCGUGGACUGCUUCCCUCUCACUAACUUGCGGGAGCAGUCGCGUGUCACGCGAACCGCCGCGCCGUCCCCCGCCCCCUUGCCGGCUGCAUCCGCGUCGUCUGUGACGGGAGAGAUGGACUGGCUGGAUGCCGUGAUCGCCUCCCCUGCGACCGCCGUGCGCAGUGGCGGAGAUGUGAACAAUGAGCACCAGGGCCAUGCCACGGCCGCCGCCUACGCAAGGGAGAGCGCUGGGGGCGGCUACGGUCACACGUCGCGGCAGCGACACCUGAAGGAGGGUGCCUCGUUACGUGGCGCCCCGCCGACCUCGUCAUCGUCGACGGUGGCGACACCUCUCCGCUGUCACCUCUGCCGGCGCGGCGACCUCGUGCGUGAAGAGGCGCUCCUGCACGAGUGGUGCUGUGAGGGGCCGGCGCCGGCGGCGCGGCAGCACAGCGGCGGCAGCCUUGUCUACGACACGGCGAAUCUGCACAAGUACCACUUCAUGCGAGCACAGCGAGAGAAGCGGCGGUCAUCGACGGAGCCGCUGCUUGCCCGGGUGCUCGCAGUCUUCCCAGCCACGUUGGGCGGGGCAGGCACCCGCGCAGACGAGUCGGCCCCAUGCGUCACGCAGAGCCCCCUGCAAAGCCGUCGCCGCCGCCCCCACGGCGAUGCGUCGAGCGGCAAGAGCGCCGUUCGCGGGCGGGACCCGCUGCCGUCCGCGUCGUCAGUGCAUGGACGGCGGCUGACGCUGUCACGCCUUGAUGCAAGAGCCAACGCAGCCGCCAGUCUGCGCGAUGGCGCAGCGCUGCCGCACCUCGACCGUUGCGAGGAGGGCGGCAGCUACGUCUUCUCUGUAUGGAAUCCGAGGAUGGAGGUGCAGCUCGUGUGGUGCGCCGUGAAUCGCGAGGCUCGUGAAGGUGCACCCGCCCUUCAUCCCCACCACUACCAGCGCAGCAGCGUGGGCCACCGUGGCCAUGGCGUGCUGCCGCCCUCGGCCUCCGUCACGCCGCUCUUCAUGUGGCGCUGCCCACCCUCCUUGCCAGGGCUUCCGGCGCGGCCGUUCCGCGUGACGGUUCCCUACGGCCUGUAUGCCUUUGCCAACACGCACGCGCUGGCGCUGUACGAGGCGAGCGACAUCUUCCGAAAAGUCACCACACAACUCGCUGCCGCGGCGAGUGGCGGCGAUGGCGCACACCACGCACAGCCGCACCCCCGGCAGCUGUCGUCUGUGAAGGUGUCGCCGGCCGCCACGAUGCGUGCGCUGCUCAUUGUACACGUGAUGCACCACGUCGCCACGACCCCAGUGCCGCUGCGCCUGGGGCGUGCGCUGCCGCCACCGCUGCCAGACCCUACAUCACAGCACCACCACCUGAAGGAACAGCGCCCGAUGCCACAGGCCUCAUCUUCACACGUAGCACGCGGCACCACAACACCGCCGUCGGCGUCGCGCAAGCGUGCGCGGAUGAGCGACGAGGACGCGGAAGGGGGCGCGGAGGUCGCGGCUCCGCCGCCCACUGCUGACCUGCAGUGGCCUCAUGGUCUUGCCUCGCCGGAGCUGGUGCUCUGCGUGGAUCACCUGCUGCACGGCCGCUCCGUCGCGGUGUACGGCAUCGGCUCGAAGUAUUACUUUCUGCACCACGUGGCGCAGAGCGCGGAGCUGAAACACUUUCACGUCGUCACGGUGGACGCUAGCCUCGGUCGUGGUGACGAUGACGUGGGCAACGGCGAUCCGCACGGCGGUGGCCAGCGUGGGCGGCGCUCCGGAGGUGGCAGCGGCUCGGGCGCAUCGGGCGGCGUUGCCGCCGCCCCCUCGAUUGUGCGUCAGCUGAUCAUCCUUGGCAGCACGCUCGCGAGGCGCGUGCGCUCCACCGCGCUCAAGACGGAGCUGCAGCUGCGGGGGCACGACGCCAUGCCGCCGCGGCGGCAAGCGCGCCAGCAGGAUACGCAUCAACGUGACCAGCAGAGGCCUGGUGCUGCCGCGGAAGCUGAUGCGUAUCCUGCGGCACGGGCGGCGCUCGCCGGAGAAGAAGUCCGCUCGCCAGCAGUGGCGCGUGACGUCACGUCCGCCAUGCAGCGCGUGGUGACCGCAUCACGGACGGCGAUGACGCCUGUGGAUGUAAUGGACGUCGACGAUGCCUUGAGCAGCAGCGGCGACGAGUGGGAUGGAAAGCUUGGCGGUUGGGGUAAGCUGUGCGACUCGCUCCGUAGCGCUGAACGCGUCGCUGCCAUGCCGGCUCGUGACACCGUCCGCGAGGUGGGGCAGUCCCCUGCGGCGAGGUCGACGCUUGCAACGGUGACAGCAACGACGGGGAUGAUCACGCCACGCAAAACAGCGUUGACGUCGCGGCCGCACCAGCGCUGUCCUCCCUCGCCGACGGUGCUGACGAGCACGCCGUCCUCGCAGCGCAGCACGCAGCUUGGCGGUGCGGAUGCGUCGUUGUCUGCGACGCCCUCGCUACCACUCAUGUCGCCGGUGCCCGCCUUCUUCGAAGUGUUGCAGCGCACCGUCACCGGUUCGCUGGAGAACGACGGUGCCGCCGGCGCCGAGAAGGACGGCGAAGGCGACGUCGCCCCGACUCGCGGCGCGUGCGUAGAAGUGCCCGAGUGCGCGAGCCGUCUCCACUCGCCGAAGCUGCCCCCUCUGCCCGUCACAGCCGCCUCGCAUCGAGGCGGCGCGGCGUCAGAAGUGACGUGGCGGGCCCCGGUCAUGGUUUUUGCCAGCGACGCCGUCCGUCAGCUGGUGCUGGCGUCUGUGCGGCGCCGCCAGACGAGCCGCCGCUGUGUGCAGUGGGUCUCCUUGCCAUCGACGACGGCGUUGGCCGUGCUGGCCGAGCAGACACCGUUCACGGCAACGCCAGCGCCGACUGCGCCUCCUCGCCUGCACCUGACGGAGGCCCAUCAGCUGCGUCCUGGCUGGUCGCCGCCGGUGUUACUCGUGCUGCACAACGUCGACUUGCUGGACACGGAGGAAGCGGGCCUGCUCCUGCAGUUGUGCGCCGAGUUCGCCCACCCACACCCGCACCUGCAGCUGCUGCUCUCCUUCGACGACCCGCGAUGGCCGCUGACGCCGCUGGCCGGCGCGCUCACGCAGAUGGGCGUGUGCGCGGUACAGCUACGCAAUCUCCUGCUGCCGCGCGUGCAUGAAAUGCAGCACGUGAGCAGCCUACGCCUUCUCAUGGACUCGGAGGCAAUGGCAGCCGGCGGUGCUGGUUCGCUGGGGUUGAAGACGAUGGGGCACGGCGCGCCGAGAGCUGCUGGCGCUGGCGGCCUUGCAAGCGCCGGCAGUAACAGCGGUGCUAGUGGCGGCUCACACCUUCUGCAGGAUACGAUGCGUCGCGUGCUCUUCAGCUUACCGCCAGCCUUCAGCGGUCUCCUGCGCAUCCUCAUCAACCUGCAGGAGGAGAUGGGCGAGGGCCAGAAGGUAUCCGUGUUCGUCGCGAAGGACAGGUUCGAGCAGCAUGGGAUCAUGGUGUCGCAGGGACGGCUGAAGGCGUUGCUGCAGGAGCUCACGUCGAACCGGAUCGCGCAGUACGACGUGGCCGAGCACGCACUGACGGUGAUGCAGCCUCGAAAGCUGAGCAAGGUACUGGAAGAGGUUACGGCGCAGCGAGAUGGCGCCGCUGCUGCUGCAGCGGCGCCGGUAUCUUCCGGGCCAUCCAUCUUUCGCCCCAGCUGA